CUAAUCAGCCGACAAAAGGCAAAAGACGUCAAUGACGCACAAGUGAAACGCAAUGAAAUAAUAAACGCAGCAGCAGCGUUCCACAACAACGACACCAGCGACAGCGACAACUACAACAAAAUGCAUUUUUCAAUACCAGACACACAGGAACAAUAUGCGGACGGAAGCGGUGGCUCGCCCACAUACACGGUGUACAACAUCUAUAUCAAUGGCAACUAUCACUGCUGCCUGCGCUACAAGCAGCUGCACGCACUGCACGAACAGCUGCGUAGGCGUUGCACAGACGCCGCCCUGCCACCAUUUCCACCCAAGCGGCUGCUGCCUUUAAGCAACAGUCAGCUGGAGACGCGGCGCGCUGCUCUUGAGCACUAUUUGCAGAUCAUUGGACAGGAUGCGCGUAUCGCACGCCUUUCCUAUUUGCAGCAGUUUCUGCAGCGCGCCCAAUUGGAAACGGCGCUGGCCGAGUGCACGGUGAGCCGAGAAGAUGAACAGCAGCAGCUACAGGUGGAGGUUUAUAGUGGCAGCGCAGCGGGAUCGGAAGGUGGAGGCGUACAGUUGCUGGUCAAUUGUCAUGUGCAGCAGAAUGCUAGCGCUUUGCUGCAGUGCGUGUGUCGCAUGCUGCAGCUGCCCGUCGAGCUAAUGCAAUAUUUUUGUUUAUAUCUCAUGCGGAAGGUGGGCUCGGGCGACGGGCCUUCCUCCUCGCCAGAUGAUCCGCCCGCUGUGCUGCUGCUGCGCCGCCUGAUGGACUUUGAGUCGCCCUUUAUCACGCGCUUGCAUGCGCAGCCCUGUCAAUUGCUCUUGCGCACCUGCUACUGGAACGCGCGCUGGGAUGCGAAGUUGCUGAGCAACAGUGUGGCGCUCAACUUACUUUACCAUCAAACUCUGGCGGAUGUGGCCCGCGAGUGGGUUAUUUGUACGCCCGAAAUGCGACGUCAGCUGUGCAGCCUGCAGAUGCAGGCUCGACCCUUGCAAUAUUUGGAGCUUGUGCGUCAGUUGCCCUCCUAUGGCUGUCUACAGUUCGGCGCCGCACAAGUGGACUAUCCGGAAGUGGACACCACGGCAUUGGUGACCAUAGGCAAUCGGGAGCUCAGCUUGCGUACGGCGCGUGGCACUAAAAUUUACGAAACAAAGUUUAGGGUCACACGCAUGCGCUGCUGGCGGGUCAGCGCCAUGCACAAUACGUACGAAUCGCGGGAUCAGCCGACGCAACUGCAGCUAUCCUUUGAGUAUCUAAUGUCCAAGCAAACUCUGCGCUGGAUAACCAUCACCAGCCAACAAGCAAUGCUCAUGUCUGUAUCGCUGCAAGCGAUGGUCGAUGAACUGCUGCACAUCGACAGCAGCAUCAGCGGCGGCAGCGAUGAUGAGCACGAGGCAAGCACAUCUCGAGGCGCAUCGGAAUCGACCAUAUCGACGCCCAGCUCCGUCUCAUCCUCAUCCUGCACAUCCACUUCGGGCAUUUCGACGACAACAGCAACAGCGACAACCACGCCGCCUGUCAAGUUUCUAGCCCAGCGUUGCAAGCAGCAGCACAAGCUGACAACGGCUCGCACCUUUGCGGCCGUAUUCUUUCGCAAUGACGAGAAUGCGGCAUCUGUGCGCAAUGAGGCAUUCGAGGGCAUUGGCGACGAUGAUUUGUAAUCUGAACGUCGAUGCAUGACAUGUAUGUUAGCUUUCUGUUGGAUCUGGAAAGCAAAUCGAUCAGUGGAAGCAUUUUAGUCCUCAAUCUCAAACAUGAUCGGACGUUAGUUUUUCCAUUACAUUGACUUCCUCUGAAAUACUUCAAUUGAUAACGAGAGUGCUCAGCUUUUUGAUCGUUUUCCAGCACUAAUAUAAAAUGUGUGAAUGUUGUAAGUAUAUAAAAAAUUUGUUGUUUAGUUCAUUCGUAAACAGUGCGUCGCCAAAAUAGUUUUUAAGCAAAUUGUAACUGUUAGCACAAAUCUAACUGUUAUUAAUAAUGCAUUAUUUAAAAAUGCAGCACAAAGGCAUAGAGGUAAUUAACGAAUUCUGCUAUACUUUCCGUGCCCUCCCUCCCUACCUUCCUUCCUCUCCUUGGUGCUGCCAAAUUUAACGACAAAUAUGAAACUCGAAAUGUGCAUUUUAUUCUGUUAAAGACAAAAGUAGUUUUAUUAUCAAAAUACAUAUGAGAUGAUCAUAUUGUCUAAAUGAUAAUUGAUUAAAUAACAAUGUGUUGUGUUUAAGAAUGCUCAGUAA